AUGAUGGCUCCAUCCAAAGCCACCCAGGCUCCCUUUGUCAAGGAUGAGCGGGUCCUCUGCUUCCACAUGGAGAUGCUGUACGAGGCCAAAAUCCUCGACGUUCAGGCCGCCGACAGUAGUGACGGCUGGCAGUACAAAAUCCACUACAAGGGCUGGAAGUCCAGCUGGGAUGACUGGGUCCCGCAGGACCGCGUUCGCAAAUUCACAGACGAGAACAAGGAGCUGGCUUCGCAACUCAUGGCCCAGUACAAGAACCUCCAGUCCGGCAAAUCGAAGGGACCUAAGAAGGGAACGACUGCUGCUCGCACCGGUGGUUCCGACAUGAGUUCUGCUCGUGGCAGUGAGGAGCGUACCCAGCAGGGGGCGACGACGGCCAGCGGGCGAGGCAAUCAGAGACGUGCUCGUGAUUAUGAUCUUGAACAGGAGGACAACUUCCACAACCGCCCCUCGAUCAAUAUCCCUCUCCCCGACCACAUGAAGGCUCUCUUGGUCGAUGACUGGGAGAACGUCACCAAGAACCAGCAACUGGUGCCCCUGCCCCAUGCUCAUCCCGUCAGCGAGAUUCUGGACGACUAUCUCGCCUACGAGCGCCCUCACCGUGAGGAGGGUUCAUCUGCCUAUGACAUCUUGGACGAGACUGUUUCGGGUCUCCGCGAGUACUUUGAUCGCUGCUUGGGCCGCAUUCUGCUCUACAGAUUCGAGCGUGGCCAAUACCAUGAGAUGCACCAGUUGUGGAACUCCUCCGACCCCAACCACACUUGUGCCAGCGACACCUACGGUGCUGAGCACCUGACUCGUCUCCUUGUCUCGCUUCCCGAGCUUAUCGCGCAGACCAACAUGGAUCAGCAGUCCGUCAACCGCCUCCGCGACGAGCUGGAGACGUUCACAAAGUGGUUCUCCCGUCAGCAUUCUCGCUACUUCGUCAACGAGUACGAGCAGCCCGGCAAUGACUACGUGGAUGCGGCGAAGAGCACUUAG